AUGGAGUCACAAAAUAAUCAGAUGCUUCAAAAUAGUACUAGUGAUUCGAAUCAAACUAGUACUGACGCUUCAACAGAAAUAACCACAUCAUCAAAAGCAAAGAGAAAACCAGUAAAGCCAAGGUUUGUAGUUUGGGAUCACUUCACAAAAUUCAUCAAUAGUGAAGGUGAAUUAAAAGGUAAGUGUAAUUAUUGUAAAAAGAAAUUUUUUUGUGAUCCAAAGAGAAACAAAACCACUGCACUUAGGAAUCACCUUAAUUCAUGCAAAAAGCACCCACAUUCCAUUGAGACUAGACAAGCACAAUUAUCAUUGCAAAAAAAUGCAAGUGACAAUGAUGUGAAUGAUUUAGGCACUCUUACUACUUGGAGGUACGAUGAAAAUACAAUUAGGAAGGCCCUUGUCCAUAUGAUAAUCAUUGAUGAAUUGCCUUUUAGAUUUGUAGAAGGAGAAGGUUUUAGAAGCUUAAUGAGAGCAAUUUGUCCAAGGUUUAGGAUUCCCUCUCGUUGGACAAUUUCACGUGAUUGUUAUGAUUUGUUUAUUGAGGAGAGAUCAAAAUUGAGUCAUAAAGGUGAAGCAGUAGGUAGAGCAAUUGAGACUUGCUUGCAAGAGUGGGGGUUAGAUAAAGUGUUCACUAUUACAGUAGAUAAUGCUAGUUCUAAUGAUGAGGCCAUAUCUUAUUUGAAAAAGAAGCUUGCUAAUUGGGGUGUUAGUGUUACUAACUCUACUUACUUACAUAUGAGAUGUAUGGCACAUAUCAUCAAUUUAGUUGUCCAGGAUGGUUUAAAAGAUGUGAAUGAUUCAAUGAUGAAAAUGGAUUCAACGUACUUGAUGUUGAAUACAGCUCAAAAAUAUGAAAAGGCAUUUGAGAGGUACGAGUUACAAGAUCCUAUGUUUAAGAUUGAUAUGGGAGAGAAUGACAUACCUGACUAUUAUGAUUGGACACAAGUUAGGAAGAUGGCAGAUAUGUUGGCUCAUUUUUAUGAGCUCACUUGGCGUAUCUCGGCUCUAGGUAUGUCACAUCAAACCUAUUUUUCAGUGAGCUACAAGAAGCAGAAGUUGGAGGAAUCUGGUGGAUUUGAUACAAAAACAGAGUUAGAAGUGUAUCUAAGUGAGGCAAUUCAAGAGGAAAAUGGGGAUUUUGAGAUCAUGAAAUGGUGGAAAAUAAAUUCUGAAAGGUUUUCUAUUUUAGAAAAAAUGGCUAGAGAUAUAUUGGUCUGGCCGUAA